AGGGGAUAGUCACAGGUCAGAGUGGAGGUGGAUUGGUAGAGCUGGGGCUGGUGGGAGUGGGAAACUUACAUCAUUUCCCUGCAACUGGAGGCCCUACUUUUCCCUGUGUAAUAAUUCACUAGAUUGACAGAGAUUCGCAAAAGAAAGAAAAGGAACGGCAGGCCUGAUGCUCCUGUUCAUAAAUCCGUGCUAUUAGAUGAAACUGUCAAUAACUAACUAGAAGCCGCCAGGACUGUCUGCUGCGCGCUCUCUCCUCAGCUCAGUUCCUUUCUGCUCCGCCCCAUCCCUGCUUUCUCUGCUGUUCAGAUCAGCUUCCUGCUUCUCUGAAAGCUGUUCUUUAGAGCUGGUCUGCCUUCACCGAAAGCAUUAUAUUUGAAAGACUAAGGCAGGUUUUCUGAAAGUACUGUUGAUUUGGUUUUCUUUGGGGGGGUGGAGAGCGAGGAAAAGACUUCUUAGAAAAGAAAGAGGCAGGCUGAAAAAAGCAAAACCAUCAUGAAUUGUGUUGUCACAUCGUGCCGGUGUCACAACCAGCUCAGUAGACUGCUGCACUGAAAACAUUUCUGUGAGAGAAUCCUGCUGCAUCACAGAAGCUGGAAGUUCUGAUGUUCCAUUGAAAUCACAAUGGACAGUCUUGACCUGACUGGUAAGAGCUGCUCUGGACAUGCAUCUUACUUUCUUACCUGGAAGCAGUGAGACAGUCAAAAGCCAUGUGCUAUCAGAGCUGGUCUCAGCCUUUUCUCAUCCGAUGGAUUCACCUUUCAUGUUGAUCGGGGAAGUGUGACCCUUGUACAGUUGUUCAUGUCAGUGUUUUUGUGUAUAACAUUUUAAUCUUCAUCAAGCACCCUCAGGAAGACCCCAAGCCUCUAGCAGAUGAUAUCAUCUCCAGCAUGUUAUAGAUGCAGAGGAUUCCCUGGGAUAUUGAGAAAUACCAGAGGCGAAUUGUUCCACUGUAGUCACAGUAAUGAAAGGCAGUAAUAGAAAUAAAGACCAUUCAACAGAAGGAGAAGGGGACGGAAAACGACCAAAACGGAAGUGUCUUCAGUGGCAUCCGUUGCUAGCUAAGAAACUUCUGGACUUUUCAGAGGAGGAGGAGGAAGACGAGGAAGAGGAAGAUAUUGAUAAAGUUCAACUUCUUGAGGCGGAUGGCCUAGAGCAAGAUGUUGCUGAGACUGAAGAUGAUGAGUCACCUGAGCAGCGAGCCCGGAGACCAAUGAAUGCAUUUCUUUUAUUUUGCAAGCGCCACCGCUCCCUUGUCCGACAGGAACACCCAAGGCUUGAUAACCGAGGUGCUACCAAGAUACUAGCUGAUUGGUGGGCUGUUCUUGAUCCUAAGGAAAAGCAGAAAUAUACAGACAUGGCCAAGGAGUAUAAAGAUGCAUUUAUGAAAGCAAAUCCUGGCUACAGAUGGUGCCCUACCACAAACAAGCCUGUGAAAUCGCCAACACCCACUGUCAAUCCACGGAAGAAACUUUGGGCCUUCCCACCUGACUCUUCAAGAGACUUGCCAACCCCCAAGAAGGCAAAGACAGAAGUUCCUCAGCUCAACUUUGGAAUGGCAGAUCCUACUCAGAUGGGGGGCCUGAGCAUGUUGCUGCUAGCUGGAGAGCACGCUCUUGGGACACCAGAGGCAUCCUCUGGGACUUGCAGGCCUGAUAUUUCAGAAUCACCUGAGUUGCGUCAGAAGUCACCAUUGUUUCAGUUUGCCGAGAUAUCUUCAAGGACAUCGCACCCCGAUGCGCCUUCAAAACAGUGUCAAGCGUCAGCCUUGUUUCAGUUUGCAGAGAUCUCUUCAAGCACUUCGCAGUUGGGUGGCACUGAGCCUGUGAAACGCUGUGGAAAUUCUGCACUCUUUCAACUGGCAGAGAUGUGUCUGGCAUCAGAGGGGGUGAAAAUGGAAGACACAAAACUAAUAAAAUCAAAAGAGUCAGAUGGAGGAAGAAUUGAGGAAAUAGAAAAGGGGAAGGAAGAGAGAGGCACAGAAGUGGAGAAAACCACUGAAACUUCGUUCCAGAAGGAAGCAGAAUUUGGGAAGUCAGCUAAGGGCAACGUGAGAGAGUCUAAGGACUUAAGAGACAUCGAACAGCUACAGAUGGAUAAUGUCAUGGCUAUCAAAGUGGAAGACCCCAAAGAAAUUAGGAAGGAGCCAGAGGAUGAUCAGAAAUACAGUCACUUCCCUGAUUUUUCUUACUCUGCCAGUAGCAAGAUAAUAAUUAGUGGUGUCCCCAGUAGAAAGGACCACAUGUGCCAUCCUCACGGAAUUAUGAUCAUUGAGGACCCAACCACGCUAAACAAACCAGAGAAGAUAAAGAAGAAAAAGAAGAAAAACAAACUGGAUCGACACGGAAAUGACAAAUCCACACCCAAGAAGACGUGCAAGAAGAGGCAGUCUUCAGAAUCUGACAUCGAGAGUGUCAUGUACACCAUCGAAGCUGUGGCAAAAGGAGACUGGGGUGUUGACAAACUCGGAGAAACCCCAAGAAAGAAAGUCCGCCCCUCCUCAAGUGGCAAGGGAGGCAUUUUGGAUGCCAAGCCACCAAAGAAAAAAGUGAAAUCCAAGGAGAAGAAAGUUUCCAAGGAGAAGUGCUCAGACAUCACCAAAGAGUCUCGACCUCCAGAUUUCCUUAGCAUUUCUGCCAGCAAGAGUGUUCCUGGGGAGGUGCCAGAGGGCAUAAAAGCAGAACCCUUGACCCCUACCGAGGAUGCACUGCCACCUAGCCUACCAGGACAGGCUAAGCCUGAGGAUAGUGAUUGUCACAGAAAAACGGAGACCUGUGGCUCCAGGAAAUCUGAGAGGUCUUGCAAAGGUGCUCUUUAUAAAACCCUGGUGUCCGAGGGCAUGCUCACCUCUCUCCGAGCUAAUGUUGACAGAGGGAAACGAAGCUCAGGAAAAGGAAACUCCUCUGAUCAUGAAGGGUGUUGGAGUGAAGAGAGCUGGACAUUUAAUCAGAGUGGGACCAGUGGGAGCAAGAAGUUUAAGAAGAAACUAAGGGAAGACUCCUUCCUUGGUUCUGCGAAGCUGGAUGAAGAAUUUGAAAAGAAAUUCAACAGCCUCCCUCAAUAUAGUCCUAUUACAUUUGACCGGAAAUGCGUAUCUACUCCAAGAAAAAAGAAGAAGACUGGAAACAUGUCCUCAGAAUCGACUAAAACCAGCAAAGGAAGUGGGGAUAAAUGGUCACACAAGCAAUUUUUCUUGGAUGCCAUUCACCCUACAGAAGCCAUAUUUUCCGAAGAUAAAAGCACCACAGAGCCUGCUUUUAAGGUUAAAAAUGCCCUAUCCAUUCCCAACACUCCAGAGCCAACAACAAUGCAAGAACCUUUGGUUGGCAGCCAAAAGAGAAAAGCAAGGAAAACCAAGAUCACACACCUUGUCAGGACUGCAGAUGGCCGAGUAUCACCAGCAGGAGGUACUUUGGAUGACAAACCAAAGGAGCAACUGCAGAGGAGUCUCCCCAAAGUCCCUGGGACAUACUGCGGUGACAAUUGCUCACACAGCACGGUUGAGGAGCCACGGAGCAGCACUCCAGACAUGCCUGCUGUGUCUGCGUUCUUCAGCCUCGCUGCACUGGCUGAGGUUGCGGCCAUGGAGAAUGUGCACAGAGGCCAGAGAUCAACUCCGCUCACCCAUGAUGGACAGCCAAAAGAAAUGCCGCAGGCUCCUGUACUUAUUUCUUGUGCUGACCAGUGACGCGCCCUUUAAUUGUAAAACAUUGUGCUUCACCUUCUACCCUAGCCUUGUCUUUACCAGGGAUGCUAGCGAGUCCAUGCAGUGGGAAGCACAGACUGCAGACAAGUGCUUGGUGCCCCACACAGCCCAGAACCACUUGAAGCAGAACUUAGCAUUCUGGGCCCAUGUGUUGUUUCAGAAGCCACGGUUUCUGAGGGCAGUGCUACUGUGUGAUACUGAGUGAAAGCCCGGUGGCCUAGACCUUUGCUUUGCAUGGAAGGAAGGCUUUUGAUGGUGACCAGUGGUGACUUGGUAAAAGGCUGCCUUUGCUGUAGCUCAUCCAGCACCUCUUUUACCAACCAGAGAGCGUGAAACUAGUUUCAUAUAUUAUCUAGUUAUUCUUUCAAAACAAACAAGAAAACCCUGACGCACUGCACUAGUUAUUAUUAGAUAUUCUUAGCCUUUUGUACAUGAAGAUUUAAGUUCUAAGAUGGUUUAUAUAAUAGGUUAUACCUACAUUUAUAUUGUAGAAUAAAUAUAAAAAGCCUGUACCAGAGCCUCCCAAGCAGCACGGGCAGGCAGACGUACCAUUGUUAGCGGUGUAUGCUCGGCCUCGUGGUCCAUAUAUUCUGCACUUUUAUAUUUGCCACCAGAGUGGUAGUGGUAGUUUGCUGGCAGAGAGAGAGAGAGAGAGAGAGAGAGAGAGAGAGAGAGAGAGAGAGAGAGAGAGACAGACUGACUGACUGUGACUGACUGAGAAAGAGAAUAUUACAAUUCUUACAAUCUGAAUUUUUUUCUUAGCCUUGAGUGACCAAGAAGAAUUUGCUUGGGGCAAAUUGUGGCAAAUAUUUUCCCAGACAGGGGAAGCAUCCUGCAGAUUACAGAUUACUGAUGUUUUCAUGCCUUGAGGAUUCUUUUAUUUUUACACAGGGGUCUAAGUGACCAAUGGAUCGUUCAUAUAAACAAACAAAAAAAAAGACAAAAAUAUUAUUCAGAAGUGACCUUAGUAUUACUUCAUUAUUCUAAACACAUUGAAGAUGCUCACUUCAUAUGGACUUGGAGCUUCAGACCUUUUACAUCCAUCACACACAGACCAGACGGGUGGUGAUUGCUAUGCACGGCCUAAUAGGCACUGCAGGUUUUAGGAGCCAUUUGGAGUUUGUAUUGUUGAGGAAGUAUUGAGUAAACGAGGGGGGAGGUGUGUCUGAAGCACGCCUCUCAGUCAGAUCCACCUACAAGUUUCUGUUUCCUUUUUAUGUUUUGUUGCUUUUAAGCAUAAAACCAACCAUAUGCCAGUGCCAAGUGGAUUUAACUGGCUUACAACAUUCAACAUAUUGACUUAACCACCUGAUGUUCACAGUGUCUUGUUUCCUAGCAACAGAUGCAAAGUGAUACAUCAAAAUUAAUCUGAGGCUACAGACUUUACAGGGUAUUUGUUCCAUAGCACAAAGUAUUUCCCCACUCUUGCAUCACAGCACAAACUACCAAAUUUUGAUUUUUUGGAUCCCAGCAAUAAUUUUUAAUAGUUUUCAAACUGGUGGAAUUUUGAUAGUGCUAGCUGGAGUUUGAAGCUUUUGAAUUAGAUCUCUAAAUGGUGACAGUUUACAUGGUUUUAUCUAGCUUUCUUAUUUAUACUUGACUGAAUUGUAAUGUUUUUUUUUUCUAAUUGUAAUUUGACCUAAUAGCCAUAUAAAAUGACUCUAUUAAUACUGUCUAGGUCUAGCUUCUCACGGUUGUAGAUAUUACUUCAGUUCCGGUGCUGGAAAAUAUGUACAACAAUACUAACAGCAUUGAAAAACAUAGAGGUUUGUUUUGUUUGUUGUUGUUUUUCCAAAGCAGGUGGGGAGGGCAGCAAAGUAUUAGAAUUAUGUCCUCAGACUUUGUUUCUUGUGGGGAUGACGGAAGCAGGAAGUGGUGAAAGGUGAAUCAGUAGGGAUAGCUUAACCCCAUUCGCGUGAAGAGCCCCAGAUUUUAGCAUACUAUUUUUACUAUGAUAACUUUUAAUAAUAUUUUCUAAAUUUCAAAACAAAAACCUGAAUGAUUGAAAAUUGCUGGGUCCUGAUGUUGGUGGCUGUUGGCGUUUGGACCACUUGCUAGCAGUGAUUUAAACAUGAUAAUUAGCUAACCCCCCAAAAAUAAUAACAAAAAUAGAAAACCAACAAUUGCAUUGGUGCAGAACAUGCAUCUUGACAAUGGUACUAACUUGUUAUUCUCUAGAACACAUUAGAAUAGAUCUAUUUUUGCCAGAGCACCCUCCCUCAGUCCUCCGAUACAUUUCACUAGAGUCCUUUAAGAGAUUGCUGUAUAUUCCUGAAAGUUUUUUUUUUUAAGAAGCAAACAAGAGAUAACUUUUUUCUACAUGGUUAAUAUCUUACCUGGUCUGCUUUUCCUAAACCCCAAUGGCUUUUACUUUAGUCAGGGUGGGAAGGGGAGGGACUUACUGGAUAUGACUGUUUUCAGAUUCUUUAAAAACAAACCUUUUUUGUAGAAAUGCUUAAUUUUUAAGCGGUUAGGCACUGAGAGUAGCAGAAAUCCUGCAAAGCUUUAUAGUUCUCCAAGUGAGGUCUUGAUUUCAGUAGCUGUGCUUCUUAUGCCCCGGCUCUGCUGGAGAGGGGUGUUGGUAUUUUCAGGUAACAUUUGUUAGCACAAAUCUUUCGGUCUGUUACGUUGUCCUUCUUCACUCUAUCCGUGUUGUCAUCUCCAUUUCACGUCUCUCCUUCUGGAAACUGGCGUUGCUGUGUUGCUCUGAUGUGUACUUGCGAUCCGCCAGCAAGCACCAUCCACACUAAUAUUCGUCUCACAGCAUCCUCAUGAAGACAAGUCGUUGCACCUUAUGUAUAUCUCAAGCAAACCAAAAUGCAAUCUUCUGCUUUGUUCUGUUCUAAAUCAUUGUAGUUAUAUCUUUCUGAAACCAUUUUGCAUUUAGUUGAAAUUGUCAGUAUUUAUGCUUUUAACCUUCUGGAUUCAAGCCUGUAUAUAAAAUGUUGAAAGAAGCCCUUGCCCUUCGCUGCAGGGCUGGGAGUGGAAGGCUCUGUCUCAGGUGCACACUUAGUACUCUUCCAGCAUUCUUUAGCCCUUUAUUUAUUUUAGGUAUUCUGGUAUUUCCGAUGUAAUUUUGAAGUGUCUAGAGUAUAUUAUAGUAACUAAAACUGCAGCUCUGAAGCUGAGUGAAAGAAGAAAAUACUGUAAGAUGUCCUUGAAGUUUUGUUUGGGUACUGUAAAUGAGAUCGGGAAGAGGAAAAAUGUCUCACAGCCACAUUGGAAGCUACAGGUUCUUGUCCCCAAAUUAGGCUAGUCUCAGAUGGUGGAUCAAAACUCUAACUUCAUUUAACCCCCUUCUUGAGUGAUCUUGUCACCCCGGCAGCCUAUUCCCCACAAGUAUGAGAAAUCAUUUUAUCAGAUGUUGCCUGGAAGCCAUACUGAAAUAAUUCCCACAUGAUCACUGUUGUGCUCCUUCUGGUCCUUACAAUUGCUGGAGGAAAAUGAUGACAACACUAUGAGUGGAAGGGGCAUCUGAACCAUCAGGGUUGGAGUCUGACGUGUUGAAUCCCUUGUUUUCUUACUAGGUCAGAUGCUUUGCUAAGUCAUAAAAAAUGUGUUUGCACUCUGCAAUCUUUGGCUCAGUGUAUGGAAGUGUUUGCACUGAUGUAAAUGCCCAAGCACAUGAUAAAUUGCUAUGGAACAGACAUUAGCUGAAAACUGAAUAAUGCGUUCUGUUUAUAGGGUGGGGUGGGGAAUACCGCAUAACUCUGCUCUAAGCUUGGUAUUUGAUGUUAAUGUGAAGCAGUGGGUCCAUGCUGCCUGCUAAACUACUGUAUGCGUCAUAAGUGUUGUGAAGACCAGCAGCUGAAGGCUGGAGGACAGCAGCCAUUGAACAGAGGAGAAGCACCACUGGCUUAUCGGGGGAGAGGAAGAAAAUCAGAAGAGGCCCAGAGUCACCAUUUGUAAGAGAAAUGUUAGGGUGUUACAUGACGCUGUUGAGAGCCACACUUGAUUGCACUGCUCCACAGAGCCCUCAGAUAAGGCCAAUCCUCAUGGGCUACCUCGGCUUUCAAAGUUAACUUCAGUAAGUCUUUCACCUCUACCUUCAGUGCCACGAUUUUCCACUGCAGUGUUUCAACUUCACAAAACCGACUUCUCCGGAGAGAACAACACCUUGCUGCGAUGGGCAGUAGAAGCAAGUGCUUACCACAUUUGACCUGUAAAGUGUUUGGAGUGAUGGCUAGGUGGAAAUUGGAUUUAGCUUCUCCCCACACAUCCUUGUUUUGCACUUUAUGCAAAGUGUACUAAUUGCUAAUUAGAUGUUGUUUCUGUUCAUACAGGCAUUCCCAAAGAGUUAGACUGGACUUGGUUUUGAGUUUGGGGAUUGUUAAAGUCUUACUUAGAUUAACUAACAACAUGUGUCUAAUGAAGACAGAAGCAGCUCUGUAGUUCACGGACCCAUGUAUCUGAAGAAGCGUCAGGGUUUCAUGGACUACUUGGCUUGUGUUUGAAAGUGAUAGCUAAGUUGGUAUUACUCCAUGCCGAGUGACUGUCCUUUUCCAUGGGGACAUUGUUACCUUCUUACAUUUCAGAACAAAGAAGCAACAGAAGUAAAUGACAUAUGUUUGACUUCUUUGUAUAUCUGCACCUAUCUGUGCUACUCUUUCCUUCAAAUAUAAAAAUACACAUUUAUGAGGGAGGAAAAGGUUCCUCUUUUGACCAAAUUUUAUAUGUGGUGGUGUGAUUUUUACUGAUAAAUUCACAGGAGGAACUUUGUAGUCAAAAGUUCUGUGGCUACUGUUUUGCUUUGUUCUUUUUUGGCUUUUUUCUGUUUUGUUUUGUUUUUUGUUGUUUUUUUUUUUGUUUUUUACUUUCUUUCUUGGCAGCCAGCGGUCAAACUGAUCAUGCCUUCAGAUUUAUUUUCAUACACAGAACUAGUUUUUGUGAACAUUGUUACUACUUCCAAAGAUUUUCUCAUACCUUGGGCCAGGACUGGUGACCGAGUAACAAGAGUCUGACUGAACGCCUCCAAACCCACCCACAGCACGAAUCUUACCUCACAAGCUCUUACCUAAAUCAUAGAGAAACUCAUGUUCCAUGCAAUGUCACUGACUUCUCUGUUGCUCUCCAGAAGGUGUUUGCUAGCUCUUGUCUCCUGACACCUCACAUUAGUGCCUGGGCUCUCAGAGCAGCAGAACCUAGGGUCUGGAAGGCUGGGGACCUUGAGCUUUUAGCAAGUGUUCAGCCACAUUUUCAUGUCAUUAGCACUAACAAGCCUCUGGCUCUCAGGAAUUUGUCAAAAGGUUGAUGAAACCUCCUGAGGUUCCACACACCAGGUUAUAAACUGGUUCACGUAGGUUUGAACUGCUUACAUUCAUGUCAUAAAUUAACCAUAGCUUCAUUUGACCCCAGGUCUUAAGUCUGUUGACAGUUUCAGCAUGACUGAUUCGCUCAUUUUAUUUUUUUAUUUUUUUUUGCUUUGGAAAUUGGCUUGGUUCUCUUUAGAGUUGGUGUAAACAUGCCAUGUAAUAAAUGAUUUCCAGUUAAUGGUACAAGAGAAUUAUUGCUUUCUUAGAUGUAUGUGUAGUAAAAGUCAAUAUACACAUUUAUAUAAUUUCUUCAAAAUCUUAUACCUAAUUUGAUAUUUCUAAAAAUUGCACAUGUAAGUCAUGUGUAUAACAUGCUAAAGUACUUUAACUGUGAUCUUAAAACUGAAUAAAAUAUUUAAUAAAAAUUUGAAAUAUUUUAAAGAUA